AUGUCCUGGCGAGUGUUCUGCCGCAUGUCCUGGCUGUGGUGUUGGCUGUUGGCCGGAUUGACGCUUUGCCACGCCGGCAGCGGCUCAAACAUUCUGAUGAUUACCAUGGGCGGCACGAAAUCGCACAAAAUACCCUUCUGGGCAUUGGGACGAGCCCUUGUCAAGCGUGGCCAUCGGAUUACGUUUGUGAAUGGCUUUCAAGCGGAUUUCCAUGUGGAUGGACUGGAGGAGGUGACGCCGCAGCGACUCGUUCAAUACAUAGCCAACUAUACGGACUGGGAUUUGGUGGGCGCACGCUAUUCGGGCCACGCCCCACUCUCAAUGGCCGAUGCGAUGCGUUAUCCAAUUGAGGCGUGCAACAGUUUGCUCAACGAUCCUGCCACACAGCGUCUGCUGGGGAAUGGAACGUGGCCUGGGCACGCCCAAUACCAGUUGGCGAUUGUGGACGGGGCAUAUCCGGAGUGCGCGCUGGGCAUUGUGCAUCGUUUAAAUGUAACGGCAUUCAUCUACAUCAAUACGGUGGCCUUCUACACCGGAAGCGUCUCGUUGGCCGGCAAUCCGGUUGCGUAUGCUGUCACGCCUCACGUCUUUGGCACUUGGACACUGCCCAUGGACUUCUUGCAGCGUGUGGCAAAUUGUUUAACUCAUGUUAUUGCCGAUUUGCUGCACUGGUUGGCACGUCAAGUGGCAACGAGCGUUGCUCGGAAUCACCUGACCAUGAUUGGCUCCUGA